AUGGCUUCAAAAUUAAAGAAAUCUUGGAAAAAUGAAAAAAAGAAACCUAAAACAGCAAUUUUUUCACUUGAAAAACAGAAAGAAAUGAGAAAAGAAAAAUUAAUGAAAGCCAAAAUUUUACGAGAGAAAAUAAAAGGUCUUAAAGAAAAGAAGAAACAGUAUUUUUUAGAUCUUGCAAGACAAAAGGCUGAAAAAUUAGAGGCAGAUAAAUUAUUAAAAUAA